AUCCAAGGUUCUACUGAAGUGUUUGUCCGUUAAAGAAACUCCUUCGUCCGCAUCUGUUUCCUCUGUAGCUCUCCAGCCUCUCUGUGUCCACCUGGGGGCGUCAGUCGCUGGCCAGCUUGUACCAUUGUCACCUCACACGUUUUUCUCACCUGUAAGCUAUUUCCUGCAAUGAGUGGGCUUUUUGUAAGGCAUUAGUUGUUGGUUGUGCAUGUGAAAAGCUGAAAAGACCCCGGUAUCUCCGGUCCUCCAGCGUUCUUUUCCGUCAGCCCCAGCAUGACACUGUGGCUGGCUGGUCUGUGCGUCGUAGUCGGGGAAAAGGACCUAGGGCCCUUGUUUCGAUUGCCCCUAAAAAUUUUGGCUUGUUUCUUCCUCCUUUCAUAUGCCAUUGUCGCGGUAUCGAAUGGUUUCCUUUUUCCGUUCUCCGCCACCCCCGUCGUCCCUUUUAUUUCCGAAGGCCCUCCAGCGAGGUCUCCCAAUCACUAGGUUUACUUGGAAAUCCAUUACAUGCUUGUGAACUUUGGUUCAGAACGCCUACUAGGCAGAGUGUUGGCUCUCGCUGUCUCCGUGUCGAUUCUUCUGACUUUGUAGACCCUUUACCACGCUCAGUUCCGAGGAGGUGGACGGGGUGUCUUCUUCGUCUUCGGAGAUUGUGUUCGUUCUGGGAAAAACGACUCUUGAACCCCCAAUAAAAAUUGGUAUAGAGAAGCUACAAUAUCUGUGGUGCAAAGCAGAGCCAGCUGGCAAAGUAUCUCGUUUCUUAAUUUCCUUUUCCUUCUUUCGGAUAAGUGUGGAGACUUAAAAGCCGUAGCUCCACCAGGGGGGCAGUAGCAGCGGUAUGUCCUUUCCUUUGAGGAUCUAAAACAGAACCAAUAACAGGGGAACAAUACGUGCUUGCAUUUUACCUUUUUGCAUUUCUUCUCCUCCGCUCUUUUUUACUGAGUGUCAUGUAAAUCGUGACAUGGGGGUGAUCGUGCCUAAUACCUGCUGGCGUCAACAUCAUGUCUGUUUCCGUAUUCUUCUUCAGGUCUCUUGCGGCAUGUAAUUCUGUGACUCGAGUCAAUUCAUCGAUGUAUGUGAAUGCGUGGUGAGGCGCAUCGCUCUUCCGUCUUUUUCCUCACAUUUCGUCUUAUGGGACUCCGCUCUACUGGUCCCGCGUCAUAAUUCCUUACAUCAACUACUGGUUUAGGUGUUUACCACAUUUAUUUACCCCAUUAUUGUCAGAAACAAAAGGAACAGAAUGAGUUCGUGCUGGGUGUAGCCUUAGGCGUCUAAGCGGGGCUUUGGUCACUCGCCAGAGCUGACCCAUACUUACUUUUUCGUUUCGUGUAGUCCCCGCGCUGGUCUACGGAUGUAUGUUUGCAAGGCGGUCCCGUUCUUCCCUCCGUUGGCACCACCUUCCGGAUUUGUCUCUUUCCUCCUCUGUUAGUCGUGUGUGUGUCUUGGCUCUCUCUUUUCCCUCCCACAGACUGACUUCGCGUUCUUGUCUGCUCUGAAUUCUCCUCGAGAUACGCUUUACGCAAUUCCCUUUUCUUGCUCAAUCGUUUCGUCUCUCGUGCACGCACUUUUUAUUUCUCUCCCGACCCCCUCUCAUCCCUCUCUCUGUCGACGUGCAGUCUCUUCUGUUCCCGGCAACAGUUCUUUUGCCCCACAUUUCCUUGCCUUCGCCCCCCUUCAAUUAUCCCCAAAUUCACUUUCUGCAAGUUCCUCGUCUUCUCCCGUCAAACUGCCCACGCAGACUCCUUUUUACCGGCUCACCAUGUCCUUGUCCAGUGACGAUGAUAGCGUUGGCGGGGGAGCUCGGGACCCGGGCUUCUACGACAACCAGACUGUGUCGCAGGAGGGGACAGUGGAUUCGUUCAUCAUCCGAAACAUCCACUCGAAGCGGGAACGCGCACGCAGGGGUGAAGACCCCGACGGCGCAGACCGAGGCUUUUUUCAAGUUUUUGUUUCGAGUUUCAAGCACUGCUGCGCCCCGGCGACUCGGAAGGCGGUGAACGAGAAGACCUAUCAGUCUCAGGGUCGUAGAAAGGAGCCCGACUGCUUGAAAGCGGAUCCGGCGGGAAAUCUGCUCUAUGGAGGCAAACGCGCGGCAACCUACACUGCAGGGUCGAGCUCGAGCUCGAGCGUGUCUCAGGACGAGGCAGAGGGCGAAACAGUUCCCAAGAGCGGCGGGCGACUUACGUCUGUGGCUGUUGCCUGGCGAAUCAACGACACAGCUGGCGCGAGCAGAUCUGUGGUCCUCACCUCUGCGCAGGCUGCGUGGGCUGCACUCGUCUGGUGCGUGCGUCUUGAAAACAGUGAAAGGAUGUCCGGCAGAAUGCUUGCAGAGAUUCUGCUCGGAGCCGAGCAGCAGCGACGAGAAGUCGACCUCAACUUGUGCCUGAAAAAUACUCCACAGUUCCAGUCAGUCGAGCUUCUGAGAAACAUCGAGGGACGAGUGAUGGAGGACCUUCUGGGCGACUUCUCCGGAACGCUGAACGAGGCCGUUCGCGACGCGGGUGAGAACGGCGGCGACGCCAGCUCGACUGCUGUGUACAUGAUCGUCUCUAAAAUUCGAGUUCUCGGACUGUACGCAAGAAAACAGGGAGAAUUUCUCGACCUAUCUGUCUUCGACCCCUCUCCCAGCGAAGAGGAUUUCUUCCCGCCUUCCUUCGUUGGCUUCAAAAGACUGGAGGAUCUGCUGGACUUUACCAUCGAAACGUUCAACCGAGAUCCCCGAGUCAAGCGCGCGCCUCAGGCCAAAAUCACCGCCUACCUCUUCAGGAGUAAACUGACAUACGGACAUUCCCUCCACCAGAGAGACUACGGCACCAAGCGACCUGUUGGCAAGGAUGACUGGAUGAAGAAAGAAGGUCUCGCGCUCAGAGAUCCGCAAUUCGAGGCCAAGGUUAUGUACACGAACAUGUACCGCGCUACAGAGCAAUCUCCGGCUGACGAGAACAUCUUUGCCAUGGAACCUGGAACUGGCAUGCAGAUUCGCGACAAUCGUGAGGCCAAUGCGAGAAAGAACUUUAAGACCCGCGAUGAGAUGGAUUCUGAGGCCAGCUUUCCGCGGGGAAGACGAUGAAUGGAAAUUUUUCGAGUUUUCUCGCGACCAGGUCGGGUGACAGGCACCGAUCGCUCGGCUGGUUCACGAGCUGGUGCAUGCAGUGUGGUGCACCGGAAAACACACUUGAAAACCAACAGCCGGAGUUCUGUGGAGACGGAUGGGCAAGCUAUUUGCGUGUACGAUACAACCUCGACAUCUACCCUGAACAAAGUGAAGCACCCAGCAUGGAGACUACAGUGUUUCAGGAAAAAACCGAAACACUCGAGCUGCUUCAGAGUCCUCCCCACCGGCAGCAUACUAAGAUGUGGAAGCGGUGCAAUAGUUUCCGUCAUAUCAGCCCCGUGCAGAUUUUGAUUCCAUACUUUUUUUCGCUCUUCGUGUCCUCCAAGCAUGGACGCGAGACAAAGCCGCAAGCCUUAAGUUACUCGCCAGUCUUUCUCGUUCUGCCCUAGUCGAAUCCUUGGCAAAUGAGGGGACUCGUGUUUUGAAUACAUCUUUGUCCUGAUCAGUAUAUUCUCAACACUGCCUUUCUAGGGGUCGGUAGACGUAUUUCUUAUUCCAACAUGUAGACAGCCUGCCGCUUUGCAUUCAUGGUACACAGGUACACUUCAACGCAGCAGCUUCGUUCUAACAUGGAUGAGUAUACUUCUCGCUGGUGUACGUGAUAUCUUGCCAAUUUUAGCUUCUGUGCACAAGGGAUUGUUUUUUUUAAAAAAACUGUGUGAUGGUUGCUGUUCUAGCUUUCAGUAAUUUUUGUUUCGAUUCGUCUCCGAAAAUAACUGCUUUUUUUGUAGCUCCGGUUGUCCGUGAGGAGCAAAGAACUGAACAGUUUUCGCCGUAGCACGCUCGUUUAUACAAUCCAGUGUCGAGGCCUGGACUCGGGUGAUAGCCUGCUGGUCGAUGUGAGCGUUAGCUCCCUGGACGAAGGAAGCCGGUGCAAUACCAGUUCGUUUCUUUUCGGUGUUCUGGAGACGGAAACAGUAGAGCGGAAACACUGUCGAAACGAGAGCAACAUCAGAUACGGGC